GGUGUUAACGUAAAACAUGAAGGCCGUCGAGUUACUAUUUAAGUUGAAUUUCAACUUGACUCUGUACUAGUUCAGUGCAAGAAAUCAUAACUGCUACAAUGAACACCUUGGCUAUUGCUGUCUUCGCCUGCUUGGCUGUUUUCGCCAGUGCAAAACCAUCUGGCCUUCUUUUGGCUGAAGACGAUGGCCAAUGGAGAGGUGAAGGCCUACUGGAAAGCCAAUAUCGAGGUGAAGGACUUUUGGAAUCUCAAGACUGGGCCCGCAAAGGAUUAGUCGCUCCAGGUGUAAUUGGUGCCCCAGGUGUUGUUGUCGGUCCAGGUCUCAUUGGUGGACCAGGACUCAUUGGUGCUCCAGGUCUCAUUGGCGGUCCAGGUCUCAUUGCUGGUCCAGGUCUCAUUGGUGGUCCAGGUCUCAUUGCUGGUCCAGGUCUUAUCAAAGCUGCUGUGGCCCCAGGACUUAUUGCCCCAGGUGUUGCUCCAGGUUUAAUUGCUCCAGGUGUAGGACCAGUUGGUCUCGUACCAGCAUCCGCCGGUGCUGUCAUUUCGGGACCCUCUGGUAUUGUUGGACCAGCAGGACCUUUGCUCAAGAAAUGGUAAAUCGACUGUCUGACUUAGGAAACAAAUAUCUUAUUACCUCGAUCAAGCAUAUAACGGAGUAGCUCCAUUUGGUUAACAUUUGUACCCGUUAAUUGACUAAUUAAACAAAAUUAAUGGUGCUGAAUUCAAGUAGAGGCGCUUUAGACUGACUCUUCUCCGUUCAUAUGUAGCAUAAUGGUUUUUGCAAUUGUAUCUACUCGAAAAAAAUGUACUAUGGAGUAUCUCCAUGUUUAUAUUUUUGUAAAUAAAUGAAGCAAUUUAAUAUAAAA